UUCUUACGGAUUCACCGGGUAUUGGCGAGAACGACUUUUUGGAAGACUAUUUAAUGGAGUACAUAGCCGAGAAUGACAUACUCGGCUUCAUCUACGUAAUAUUCUCCGACAAUGCCGGUGGUGUUCAGGAAGACAGGCUACUUCAAUUACUAAAACUUGUUAUGCAAGAGCAAAAGAAGAACGACAAAGCACUUCCGUUUGACCCCAAAGCCGCCCUGUUUGUAGCCAACAGAUUCGAUGCCGUUGAGGAAUCGGCAAAAGAAACAGUCAAGGACCAUAUAACAUCUAAACUGAAGAGCUGUUACCCGCAGUUCGACGACUCGAAAAUCGUGUUCUUUUCCGCACAUAAUGCAAAACGCGAUGUAACAGCUCACCCUGAUUACAUCAGCGAUAACUUCCGGACUCUCCUCGACUCUCUCAGCAGGCUGUAUUCGUAUGUUACAGAACGCCGCCUCAGGAUUUAUUACAAAUGGAUUGAGCAUGUUCUUCAACGAGUUAGCCAUGUCAUGAAAUCAGCGACAACACGACUGGCUCUGUCACAACGAGCAAACACAGAACGAUCUCGUAGACACAGGCAUAGAUUGGAGAAACUACAGACUGAUACUGAUGCCGUCAUUAAGGAGUUGCGAGCGGAAGUUGUGGUUCAAACUAAGAAGAUAUCGCAGGAGCUUCACAGACAUUUGCAACAACCGAUGACAAAAAUGCGCCUUACAUCGUCGUGGAAAGACGGCGAAAUACCACAGGUGACGUCCGAAAUUCGUCACGCAAGUCACUGGUUAUGGAUCAAACAACGCGUAGACACAGCCUUUUACGACAGGGUAUAUACAGAACUUGAAGACUGGAGUUUUGAAAACAACACCAUUGAUACGAUUGAAGCGGAAAUAGUAGCAUGCAUCGAGACAAAACUUGGUGUUUUACAAGCUGAGAUUACGUCAUCGGAGAAUUCGCUGAAUACUACCAAACAGUCAACGGAUUCCUCGGAUAGCGACACCCGACGAAUGUCACUUAAACGCAUCAGUUUGAAACCAAGCCUGAUUGAAAUACCUGACAAAUUACCUGUGAAAUUAGCUCAUAGAAUUAAACCAAUCUUUGCGUUUGGUAGGAAGAAGGAGACAAUGAGAUUCGAAAAAGAUCCGGUGCAAUGGGCGGGAAGGCGAUCAGAAAAGUUGCUGUCACAGUUGUUGAAAAAUAAGAAACAAAGCGGUAAGGGUCCAUUAGACAUUUUGCUGGAAGUUCUCAUGCAAAGGCCUUCCGACCUGAUUGAUCUUCUUGAAGAAAAGAUACCAACAAUUAUAAAAGCAAACGUAGGGCUAUUGGAUAAACUCGAAGAACUCGCCGUGGAUCACAGGCGAGAUGCGUAUAUGUAUGAGAAAAUGCUAGAAGAAAUUGAAGGGCUGAAAACUGUACUCAAACAUUACGGAGAAGGUUAUGUUUUUGUGAAUGAUUUCAAACUUAGUGAAAUCCGCAUCAUAACUGGCCAACUUGGAGACGGUAAGAGUCUCCAUAAAACAUUCCGCUCAUUCUCCAUGAUAAAGGACGAUGAACAAAGUAUCGAAGGGCCUAUCGCAAGAGAUGCUCCCCACGGUCUGUGGACCUAUUUGCACGCUGGGAUUUUUCAGAGAGAUGGGACGGAGAAGCCGAUAACGAUAAAAUUGUACACGACAGCGUCCGGAAUGAGUUGCAACCAACGCGAAGUCGCAAAACUGAGAUCCCUCUUGAGUACAGACUCCCAUCUGGCCGAGUUCUUGGGAAUACACCAUACCGAUGCAAUAAUUCCUGCGUAUAUAUUUGAUCAAAGACUGGUGUCACUGUCGAAGUUUCUGAACAAUUACGACAAACCGGACGAUUAUGUCCACAAAGUUUUGCUCGAAACAGCCAACGGACUGUUAAACCUCCAUUCAAUGGGGCUUGUACACAUGGAGAUUUCGCAACAUACCAUAACAGUCACAGAGAAAGGAGACGUAAAGCUUACAGGUGCGUGUGUACCAAGAAAGGCAUCGUUCCCCAUUGACGGUGAAGCAAAGGUGGGAAACUUCGUGUACCUGCCUCAUGAGGUCUUGAACGAUGAAUUGUACAUCACAUCUGGAGACGUGUAUGGGUUCGGACUGUUGAUGUAUGAACUGAUGUACGAUCGACAGGCGUUCGAUGUUCAAAGGUCUUACAGAAUUCGUGAUUUUGUUCAAGACCUUAACCCUGAGGCCAUGUUGCGUUUGGACCAGGAUAGCGGGGGACUCCCCGGUACAGUUGUUCGCCUCGUCCAGAUUUGUGUGAAGAAGUUGAAUAGCGAAAGGUCAACGAUCAACACUGUACUGAACCAACUUCAGGUAAUCGGUGACGAUCUGUCGAAAGCUUUCAGACGGUCAGUCAGAGAAACUAGCUGGAGCCCACCGAGAGGAUUCUCUGGCAGAAAUAUGCAUUGAAGAUUUCAGCCAAAAAAAACAAACUCGAUUUUUAACUGAAGGUGCCAGAAUAUAUCUUACUUAUCAUAUGCGCAAAGAAAUAAUACGCAAAGUCUUGUUAUCCAGAUA